AUGUUUGUUGAAGAUGAUUUGGAUAUCUUGCAUAUUAUAGAUUAUGGUUUUCCACGUAGAUUUUAUAAUCGACAAAAUCAUUUUGAAAAUAUGGCUGACCUAUCAUUUUGUAGAAGAUUCCGACUACAAAAAGAAACUGUUUUACAUGUGUUAGAACAAAUUGAACAUAAUUUUGAGUUUAACAAUGAUUUGUAAACUGUGAUUUUUAAUAUAACUGUUUCUCCUAUAAAUCAACUUUUGACGACACUGUGGUUCUAUGCUACGUGUGGGCAUCAAACUGCAAUAGGAGAUUUUAUGGGAAUUCACCAAUCGGCAGUUUCAAGAAUAAUUACAGUCUCACGAGAACUUGCCAGAUUGAGAACCCAGUAUAUUAAAAUGCCAAAUCGUCAAGAACAAAUUCAUAUUCAAAGUAGAAUUUACGACAUAUCUAGAUUUCCACGUAUAAUUGGGUGUAUAGAUGGAACACAUAUCAAAAUACAAAAUCCAGUGCAAGAUGAUGGUGCGGUUUUUAGUAACCGAAAAGGAUAUUUUUCCAUUAAUGCUCAAGUUGUUUGUGAUGCCAACUUAAACAUAAUGAAUGUUGGAGCCCGUUGGCCUGGAUCUACCCAUGACAUGACCAUUUUUAAUAAUAGUACAAUUAGAGCACAAUUUGAGGUUCGUGAAUUUGAAAACAGUUUUCUUCUAGGUGAUAGUGGAUAUGCAGUAAAGCUUUAUGUACUUACGCCUCUUCUGAACCCUGUAAGCCCUGAAGAAAUACGUUACAACGAGGCACAUAUUAGGACCAGAAAUUCGGUGGAGAGAACAUUUGGUGUGUGCAAACGAAGGUUUCCCGUUUUAGCGUAUAGAUUGCGAUGUAAAUUAGAAAAUGCUCUGACAAUGAUUAUUGCUACUGCUGUGUUGCAUAACAUUGCUCAAAGGCAAAAUGAAGGAGAGCCACCUCCACCAGAACACAUUAAUUUUGAUGAGCUAAAUUAUUUAAUUGGGCAAAGUGAUAUUCAACCAGGACCAGAAAAUAGGAAAGGACCUUUGUCUCUGUUAAAAACAAUGGAAGAAACAUUUGAUACGGAUUUGUUUAUUAGCGAAAUCCAAAAUUAUCCAUGCAUAUGGGAUUAUAAAUGCGAAUCCUAUAGCAACAAAGUGGAAAGAAAUAAUGCAUGGGCUAACAUUUGCCAGAAAUUCACAACAAAUUUUGCUGAGAAAUCGGUCAAGGAAAAAAACGACAUUGCCAAGACAUUACAAAGAAAGUGGAAGACAUUGAGGGAUGGCUUUAACAGAGAGGUGAAAAAGAAUAAAUCCACGAAAAGUGGCUCCGCAGCAUCCAAUAAGAGGCCGUACGUGUUUUUCGACCAAUUGUCGUUUUUAAUGCCACUGGCAGAAGCCAGGGCUGAGACAUCGAACAGCUUAGAAGAUACGUCUUCUCAAAAUAAUGAAGACGAAGAAAAUCGGGAACCACCGAAAGAUCAACCGAGAAAACGAAAAUCAUGCCAUUCUGCUGAAGAUAAACUUAUCGAAACAUUGUCUAAGCGUAUUGAUAAAAAAAUAAAUGACGAUGAUGGUGAUGAUGAUGACAAGUAUUUUCUUUUGUCGCUCCACAAAGAUUUAAAAAACGUCCCGGAGGAAUUUAAAUUGGAAGCAAAAACUGAAAUAAUUGGGGUAUUGAAGAAAUUUAAGGCAAUGUCCUCUUCUCAGUUCAAUAGAACAGAACACGUGCUUCGAAACCCAUAUAUCCAGUACACAAACCAGCCACUCAGCUACAACACAAAUCCAUUGCACAAUCAGCCCAUAAACCAUCACAUCAACUCAUACAUCCCUACCACAUCCGGACAAUUCCAGCGUAACAGUGUUAGUACUCCGCUUAGCUCCCCACAGGAUUCAUUGUCAAUGGAUUCUGUACGCACAACAUCGUCAUUUGAAGAUGUAUUUCAGUUAUAG